GCGCAGGGGGAAGUGUAGCUGUUUGUGGGAGGGGUCGUUAAUUCGCUGCAGAAGUUGUUUUUGCAGUUGGCUUCAAAGCAAGUUCUUUAAAGUACUGAAGAGGUACUGGAAGAACGACGAAAUCUGACAAUGUUGUCGUACAUUGUGAGCCUCUUGCGAGGCUGUAUUGACAACAUCAUCAACUUAAUCCUCAGUAUUUUUUCCUCUAAGAAGAGGCUGGCAAUAACCCUUGAAGAUCCCAACGUCAAGUAUCCCCUGAGGCUCGUCGACAAGGAGAUUGUGAGCCAUGACACAAGAAAGUUCCGUUUUGCCCUGCCUUCCCCUGACCACGUUCUUGGCCUGCCUAUAGGUCAGCACAUAUACCUGUCUGCUAAAAUAGACGGUAAUCUGGUGGUCAGGCCCUAUACCCCUGUAUCAAGCGAUGAUGACAAAGGUUUCGUGGACCUGGUUAUCAAGAUUUACUACAAAAACGUCAAUCCUAAGUUCCCUGAGGGAGGAAAGAUGUCCCAGUACUUGGAGAAUCUUCGCAUUGGUGAUACUAUUGACUUCCGUGGUCCGAGCGGGUUGCUAACCUAUAAGGGCAAAGGACAGUUUGCCAUAAAACCGGAUAAGAAGUCAGAUGCAGUGAUCAAGACAGCCAAGCAGGUUGGCAUGAUUGCUGGAGGAACAGGAAUAACACCCAUGCUGCAGAUUAUCCGUGCAAUAAUGAAGGAUCCUGCUGACAAGACUGUCUGUUACCUGCUCUUUGCCAACCAGACAGAAAAGGACAUUUUACUUCGUCCCGAGCUGGAGGAGAUAGAAGCUGCACACCCAUCCCGCUUCAAGAUAUGGUUAACGCUGGACAAAGCCCCCGAGGGCUGGCAGUUUAGCCAGGGGUUCAUCAGUGAGGACAUGAUCCGGGACCAUUUGCCUCCGCCUGGGGAGGACACCCUUAUCCUGAUGUGUGGACCCCCUCCCAUGAUUCAGUUUGCCUGCAACCCCAACCUGGAUAAAGUGGGAUACCCCAGCAGCUGGAGGUUUACCUUCUGAAGUGACUGACACAUCUGUACUUUCCUGAUGGUUUAGAAUUGUUAACUCUCCUCCAUUUAAUAAUAUUUGAUGCUUGAAUUUUACUCUUAGAAGAGGAAGACAGAAUUCACAAUAAUAGAACUCAAAUGAAGAAACAAAUGUUUCUGGAGUACAAAUUUUAUUACAACAAAAAUCUGUAAGUGAGAUGUUUUGAGAAAUUACUGAAAUUAAGACUUGGUCUGUCAGUUCAGACUGUUUGGAUUGCUCAGGGUCUGGCUACUCCAAAAUUAGUAUGUUUUAAAGAUAUUUGGUCAGCCCAAAGAUACUUGGAGCUUUAAGUGGCUUUCUAGAUUUUCUAAGUGAAGGAAAAAAUCCACAUUAACUGAAGAGAAAGUGGAGCAGACAUGUCAGUGUCUAGUGCAGCAUUUGUGAUUGAGUACACUAUAACCUGCAAAGUG